AUGCCGCACGGUAAAGCUCUGUCGGAUUUCGAAAAGGGGCGCAUUAUGGCCCUCCACUCCCAGAAAUGGUCCACUCGCCGCAUCGCCGCGGAGAUCGGCAGAAGUCACGGGGUUGUCAGCAAGUAUCUAGCUGAUCCAUGUAGCUAUGGAAGUGCUCAACAUCCUGGACGUCCAUCAUCAGUCAGCGACCGCGACAAAAGGCGUAUAAUCCGGGCUGCAUCCAAUUCUACCAUUAGCUCGAAGCGGAUUCAGAAAGAUUUGAGCCUUAUGUGCACCCCUCGCACGGUCCGGAGAGUGCUGGAACGAAGUGAUAACAUCGUCCGGGCUAAGAUGAGUCCGUGCCCAAAGCUUACGGACCUUCACAAGAAGCAGAGGCUAGCAUUUGCUGAGGAGAAGCUCACACAACAGAUUGACUGGACCCGGAUCGUGUGGUCGGAUGAAAAGAAGUUUAACCUUGAUGGGCCCGAUGGUUUAGCAUCUUACUGGCAUGACCUGCGCAAAGAACCUCUCCACUUCAGCAGACGGAAUUUUGGUGGUGGCAAUGUAAUGGUCUGGGGAGCAUUUAACACUCCGGAACUCUUCCCCUUGCCUUUGUCAAAAUGA